AUGGAGUAUGAUACUAGUCAACCUGCGCCUCCAGGCGUGAUAAGCCCUUCGCCUCUUAAUAAAGAAAGUUCUACUCCCAAAACCACCUCAUCUUUUGUGCCCACAAUUCUACCUACGACUAAAGGUGUGGAAAAUGCAAAAAAGAGGCUUCGGGCUUUCUCGAUUCAGAAAAAGGCUCCUCUUACUCCUGUUAUGGCUCCAAAGCCCACUGGAUCGGGUAAUACCAUGGUUUUAAUUGGUAAACUUAGCGGAGUGAAGGUGACCCCUAAAAGGGAAGAAGAACAGGAUGCUAAGAUUCCAAAAUUACCUAAACCACCUAAGCCUGGAGCUGUCAGGAAAGCAUUGCAAGGUUCUUACAAUGAGCUGCAAAAACAAACACUGGCAGAAAUUGAAGACAUGAAGAGGAAAAUGGAGUUGGUGGACCUUGGCAUCCCAUUAGGACUGAUUUGUCCAAGUUCUACGAGUGACAAAGCAAUGCCUACAAAAUCCAUGCCACCUAUCAAAUCUUUUAUAGAUCCAGCAAAAGUGGACGAAAUAAUUCGUGAAGCAAAGAAAGCCAAAUUGGAAGGGAAAGAAUUCAAAUUUGAUUAUCACAAAUUGCUGCCAGGUUAUGACAAUCCCUUUCAAAGGAAGAAAGAUGAUAAAGAUAAAGAAGAGAAACAUAGAGAUAAAAAAUAUAAUCGUAGAAGAGGUGAUUUUAGAGAUAAACGGGAUAAACAUAGUAAGAGGUAUUCAGAUCACAAAAAGCAUGAUAAGAACAGGGAUCAUGACAAAGAAAAGUCUAGAGAUAAAGGAGGAGAACACAAAGUAGAAUUGACACAUACCGAAAAACCCGAAGGUGAUGUUAAGGAAACUGAUGUUGCUUUUGGUGACUAUUUAGUUUGUGAUAGCUGGUCAUUAGACAAUGAUGAAAAAACUAGUACUUCAAGUCCUAAAUAUGAUGAUAAAACUGAUUCACAAUGUUCCGUAGUUCCAGAAGUUAGGGCUAGCAAGGAACCCUCUGAAUUACUAAAAGAUAGUAUGAAUAAAAAGAAUGAAAUUAUUAAAUCAAUUACAACAGAGAAACCUAAACCAAUAAAGCUACAACCAGUAAUAGAUUCAUUCAAAUAUGAAAUCGACGACAACGAUGAAGAAGUUUUGGACAUCUUCGAUGCUAAAACGGAUUUAAAUAAAUUCGCUACAGUAAAAGCAAAAAAGCUGACAUUGUACGACUCACCAGACCAUAAAUCAAUCGACCUAGAUGAUAGUUCUAAAGAUUUAUCUCUAGAUGGCAUAAACGAUGAUACCUUUUUGGAGUCGGUUAUAAACGAAAUUAAAGUUGGUGAAAUAAGCGAUGAGGAAAGUCAAGAUAAGGGUUUAGUGGAGUACGAGAUGUCACCGAGUAAAGGUCCUGCGAAUGAGUCGAUCAGUCAAUCUGUGACGCCUGAAUUAGCACACCAGACUGCGAGGAAAAAUAUUGAUUAUUCUGAUGGAUAUAGAUCAAAUGAAAGUGGUUAUAAAACGAGCGACACAGUUGAAAGUGGAUACAAAUCGGGCGCAGAAUUUCGCUUAUCAAUAGAAAAAGAUCUUGACGACGCGCUGAAUGCAAGUAAAAUGCCGCAAGCUACAAUGGACUCACUAGAAACAUGGACUUUUGUUCUUAAAAUUUGUCAACCGCUAUUGUUUAGACAUGAUAAAAACAAAUGCUAUAAGGAGACAAGGGCCUCUCCGAAACUGUGGUAUACAACAAACCCAAAAUGUUGCCCAUGUGUUAAGGAUAGAAGUGUUGUCUAUGAAGAGUUGGAGAUGUGUAAAAUGAAUCUGGUGGAUCGUGUCUAUGGGUGUGAUCAAAUAUCGGAUGAAUCAUUCCCGAAAUGUCGCGACUGGUACCCGCAGAGUUCCGCUUGUUUGGUGGAGACCGGUAAGGUGCAGCUGUCGAGCGAGUGGGAAGCGGAUGACAGCCAGCAAUCGAUAAGGGAAGAAAGCAGACGCGCUGAAACCCCGAAAAGAGAGGAACUUGCUUUGGAUAGAGAGUAUCAAAGGUUCAUGGAAGCGGUUUGGCCCGAGGUUAAUGAAACUCAAAAGGAAUCGCCUAGAAGUACGACGCCCGUGCAAGAGAAUAGAAAGAAGAGGAAGGAAAAUUCAAUACAAAGAGAAGAGGAGAAGCGGGCAAAGAAAAUGAAACUCAGCAGUGAGGGCUGGAGCCAAGAAUCUGAGGUAGAAGAAGAUGAUCGGAGCAAAAAGGUGAAAAGUGACAAGGGGAAGGCUAGAAAAAGAAAACACUCUACAUCUGCUUCAUCUUCACACUCUGACAGUGAAGAGGAUUCCAAAAGGAAGAAGAGAGCGCUUAAAAAGAAGGCAAUGAAAAAAGUCAAAUCAAAAUCAGCUAAACGUCGGCGUAUGGGCAAAAAACUUCUGAAAAAAUUAAAAGAAAAGCAGAAGAAGAAUAAGAAAUUGAAGAAGGAUUUAUCAGAUGACGACACUGAGAGUGACAAAAGCAAGAAAUCAAAGAAAAAGAAAGUGGAGAAAGCAAAAAAGAGAGAUAAAAAAAAGAAAAAGGCAAAGAAAGCAAGUAGCACAGACACAUCCAGUUCCAGUUCAAGCGACAGUGAGAUCGAACGGAAGAGGUCGAAGAAGAAGAAAGACAAGAGUAAGAAAAGAACGAAGUCUUCAUCAGAAUCGCAAAACGAGGAGUUGUUCGACGUGACCAUAUUGAACAAUAUAAAAACAGAAAAGACGACGGAUGAUGAGGGACAGAAAUUAAUGGAUUUUUCGCCUAGACGUCAAAAGCCUCGAGAGAUUAUCAACGUGAAGGAAUUACAGAAUGACUUCGUAGGAAACACUCACAUUAAAGAGGAGAUAAAUGAGACACGGGAAGAGAGUAAUAAAGUGGAGACGGCACCGGAAAUUGUGGAAGAGUCACUGAGUCCAGAACCCGAACAUUCCAAGAAAGAGGUUGCUUUAAAAAAAUCAGCUGAAGAUACUCGAAAACCAGUGGAAGCAGUUAAGCCGCCGCUCGAUGAUAAUUCGCAAUGUUCCUCGCAAGAAUCCAUUUAUAGUGCUAAGCAUGAAGAUCUACAAUCAAACGACGCUCUGGGGCCAUCGUACGAAAAGGACGAAAGCCACCUCCGACCCUCGUCGCAGAACUCCAACUACAGUUUCAAAGACGUGAUGAGCGCUAACCAGAGUCUGUACAAGGAACCGGGUUCGAGUGCCGAUUGCGACAAAUUCGAGAACUAUGAGCCGGCUGAGUACGAGGUGUACGAACAUUUGGCUAUGGCUUAUCAGAGCGACGUGGCUAAACAGCCAACAUCGCCCAGUCCCGGUGCGGUGUCGCGUAUAGAGACGGUCGUUCGAGCUCGUAGUUGCGGAGAGAUCAAGUGCGAUUGGAGGGCCGGCCACUCGCCCACCGAGACCACUCCUCACAGACCUUCGAGAUGGGGUUUGAAACCCGGCGAAGUGAACAUAGUACUCACGGGAGGCGAAGUUUAUCGUCAAAGUCCUCAACCCGUUUACAGAAUACAAAAUCUCGCUAACAGGAACGACACUAGUACGCCUAUUAGCUAUGACGAAGCGUACUUGGACACUUACGGGGCGUCUGACCGACUGCAGUAUGGGGACUGUUUUGCAGCGGAAUUCAAACCCACACCCUCGGAGCCCGCCCCCACAACCGCUGCGCCAAAGGAGGAUAGAGUCAGCUCCCUUGAUGAUCGAAUCAAUCAAGCUUUGAGGGGUUCAGUGUUGGGUGAUGUCACUAAAGAGUUGGAAGGUGAUAAUGAUCAGGAUGCUGUUGAUCGAGGGCAUUUACCCAGGGAGGCCCGAGCUGCUGCGAAGCGUGUUCGGUUCGCAGAUGGUUACACUCCUGGGCAGGACUCCGAUACAGAGCCGCCACCGAAUAAAAAGCGUUUCCGUGUUCGACGAUUGGGAUGCGCGUGGCCGUGUCCCGCUUCGCAUCCGGACCACGUGUCGUUGUGGGACGCUUUGCCCCCUCCCCCGCCGCCACCCGGCUCUCCACCGCCCCGUAGGAAACUCAUAAGCCGAAUACACACGGUUUCAGAUCCGCUGGUAGGCUUGGCUCCGACGGCAUUUAUGCCCCCAGAACCGCCACCCGGCCUCAUAGCGCUACAUUGA